ACAGCAGCAGGAGGAGAUGUGCACACAGACCGCAGGCUAAACUGAUAACAACACCACAGUGUUUCUUCUUCAACUUGAACACGACAGCGUUUUACAAACAAGAAAGUUCUCCUUUUUUCACUGUUGGAAACUUUUUGCGCGGAGCUGACAGAGACCAAAUGUCCCGUGAACACUUGCAGGGACGGUAACGAUGAUAAGACAACCCGAGGCACAAUAUUUCAACAGGUUAAUCCUGGUUUUGUGAGUAAGUUUUAAUACUGAGAGCCAUUUUUUGUCUUUAGACAUUUACUUCUUAUAAUAUGGAUACUUUCGCGUUUUAUCGCUUUAUUUUUAUAAUUUUUUCUUAAAUAAUUCUUUUUUUUUUUAUCCAAGUGUCAAAUAUUACAAGUAUAACUCGGUGUUUCAGACUCGACACAUGACUUGAGGCCGUCAGUACAGUCACCAAACCCUCCGUUUCAUGCGGAUCCUAAUUGGAGACCUCACCGUGCCAUCCCUCUCCACGCGCGCUCUCUACCGGAGCAGUAAUGCAGCACGAGCGCCUGCUCAAAGUGUUGGUCAUAGGCGACCUGGGAGUGGGUAAGACGUCCAUCAUAAAGCGCUACGUGCACCAGGUGUUCUCCCAGCACUACCGCGCCACCAUCGGAGUGGACUUCGCCCUCAAGGUGCUCAGCUGGGAUCACAAGACGGUGCUGCGGCUGCAGCUGUGGGACAUCGCCGGGCAGGAACGCUAUGGCAACAUGACCCGUGUCUACUACAGAGAGGCGGUAGGGGCUCUCGUCGUCUUCGACAUGACCAGACUGUCCACGUUUCAGGCCGUCCUCAAGUGGAAAGGAGACCUGGACUCGAAGGUCGCCCUCAGCAAUGGGACGCCAGUUCCAGCCGUUCUGUUGGCCAACAAGUGCGACCAGCGGAGUCACGGUUUGUGCCCCAAGCUGCCAAAACUGGAGAACUUCUCCAGAGAGUAUGGGUUCGUCGGCUGGUAUGAAACCUCUGCCAAGGACAACACCAACAUAGAUGCCGCCAUCACAUGCUUGGUGAAGAGCAUCAUGACUUUGGAGGAUGAGAGAGCCGCGAGUGACGCCACAGCCAUCACCGGCAAAAGUGAAUCGGUUCUGGUUCUGCCUCGCUUCGACUACAACAAAAAGGAGAAGGGACUGAGUGGGUGCUCAGGAUGCCAGUCGCUUAAACCCAAAGACAGGGACAACGACUGAAGGAGGGAGGGAUGGAUGGGAUGCAUCCUCUUCCUUCCUUCCUUUUCUCCUCACAAACAUAUUUCUGCAGAGUUGUUAGAGGAAACAGUUUAACAAUUUGUGAUUUUUCUGAAAAAUCCAUAAUGUAAUUAUGUAUUUUUAUCACAGAAAAGAGUCAAAAAUGAGUUCCAGUUUAACAAAAAGAUAAGUUUUUAUAGGUGAUGCUACAAUAUUUUAUGUAUUUGAAGUAAAAUGUGACUCCUGAAAACAUUUUUGUAAUAUUUAAAGUUUUUUCUUUUGCAGCACAGCAACAUGUUUUAGGCUUGAGACAGCUGAAUUUUACAAUAAUUCCUUGGUUUUUAAUAAUAUAUUGUAAUAUUCUUCAUAUGUGAAUAACAGAAAACGACUUGUAAAACCUUUUUAUAUGCAUAAAAGUGCGCUUUU